GGGGCCACCACAUCCACAUCCACAUUCACAUCCAUCCACUACAUCCUACCACAUCCAUUGAUCCAUACAUAAACUUAUCCCAAAACCACAUAUACCUACUACUCGCUCGCCGGGUUUUCCCUCCCUUUCUUCGAAACAAUACCACCACUUUCGCUUCAUCUCCUCUCCCCACCUCAAUCUCAUUUCCCUCACCAUCACUCCUUCUAUGGUAAUACUACUACCGUCCUCUCCACAGUACUGUUACUACCAUCCGUGAGCAAUUUUAUUGAAACAAGACGACCUUUCUGCUCGGCUACCUCACCCAGUGGGGAGAGAUAUCUUUUGGUAUUAUUCAUUUCAGGUGUUGAAUAAAAAAGGCGCGAUCAGGCCUAUCAAAGAAAAUGUCAAAGACGAGUGUCUUCACAACCAUCACACCCUUACCGGCAGGUGUCACGCGCCAGAGCGUAGUAGAUACAUACCACAGUCAUGGGGAAAUGAUCGACCUGAAUCCUCUGGUCAUCGAGCGAUUCCAAUGCAGGCCACCAAGCAAUGCGCCAACGGAAGAAUACUAUGCGACCUGGUAUACAAUUAAAGACAAGGUCGCCUAUCUACCCGGUGGUCUCGCUUCAGGCUCAGUCUCUUACCAUGCUUGCUUCCAUAACCUGCCCGAGGGUUUGCAAACACAUGUGUAUGCGCCCCUAGGUCUCGAUAUCCGUGCGAAAUGGAGUGUCGGCGGCCAACUACCAGGAGAACCAAAGCAACCUGUUGAACUCGGUCUCGGUAUCCCAUCUGAAGGCCUCUACAUCCGAGAAGAUGUCAAGAUGAAGUGCAACAUCAUGAUGCUCUCGUUCGUCAAGAAGACCUUCAAGGAAUCCCACUCCAAGCUCGUCGAUCGAUUGGUAGAAAAGGCCCACGCCAUCGAGGCUAGGAUCGCAAACGAGAGGCUGAAGGGACUCAAGACGAUUGAUCCCUCCGAGCGAAUGGGCGUAGGCGACAUCUUCAUCGCGCCGCCGCCAGGAUACAAGAGCGACGCCCACAUGAGGAAAGAAUCCAACAGUUCGCCUCCUCCUGAUAGUCCUGGGCUAUCAUUUGCCUCGACCCUGACGAGCCAAGGCUCUUUCCUAUCAAGAUCACCACCAACCUAUCUCGAACCAAAAAGCCUUGCCACACCGAACCGCAUGUCUUCCGGCCCAGAACUCUUAACGUCGAAACGAUACGACCCGAACGCCCAAUGGACAGAAACAAGCCAACAGGAUAAGGUCCACAGCAGGAGCCCUUCGGCGCCUGUCUUCCCUACUUCAUAUGCCACAAACCUACCAGUUGAAUUGCCAGCUGAAGGACCGCCAGUACCACCCAAGGACCGAACCGCGUUCAGGGCCGAGUUGCCAGGAUGAGAUGAUUUCACGAAUCUUAUGUCUUCUUCAUUGUUUAUAUCGCUUUUCUUUCCUAUUUCUCCCAUUUCAAGUCAUUCAUUUCCCUUUUGCGUCUGGCGGUUGAUACCCGUGCUCGAUUUCUGGUUGUUGGACCUGCAUGUAUUACGGUAGCACAGUGGCGCAAAGCGAUUUUCUAAAAGUAUAGCUAGAUUUCUCUCUCAUCUCGCGGAGUCACCA